UCGAAGCCGAGACUUCGCUCGUGCAGCUUCUCUAUCUCUCUCUCUCUCUUCCUUUUCUCUUAAAACACCAAUCACAUUAUUUGCUCACAUUCAUAUUAUUUGUCAUUUUAUUCGUCCGUACGGUUCAUUCGGAAAAGAAGGAAAGGAAAGGAAGGGAUAUCAACGUCAAACAUUCGGAUUGACAAUUGCUUUUUUUCGUUGAUCAGAAGUUUUACAACGAUACAAUUGUUUCCUGGGAAAAAAUCAUCCCCCUAACACCGUGCGGUGGUUUUAACCACGUGGAAAGGACGCGUGGCUUUUCUUAAAAGGAUUUCUAUUGGAAGAACCUUAUAUACUGUAUAAAUAUCAAAAAGGAUAAAAUCAACGAUAAGAAAUAGAUGAAGAUAUAUUUGGAUUGAUUUCAAAAGUUAUAUCAAGAUUUGAAAUUAACAUAGAAAAAAGUUCACUUGUUCAUGUAGAACCUUCAAACGUGGGAUCGCAAUGAUGAAUCGUCGACGAUCUAUCUUGUUUAUCUUGCAGAUGCUGUUAUCAGCAGUUUGUCACGGUAUACAGCAAUUCGAGGAAACGCCGCAGUACACGGAAGUUAAUCCCGGUCAGGAUGCAAAGUUGAUAUGUCGUGUGCUCGGUAAAAGGGGUCAGUGCAUUUGGCAAAAGGAUCAAAAGCCAAUCGGAAUGCAUUUAAAAAAGUACGAGUGGGUCGGUUCACCGGACAUGGGAGAUUGCUCGCUUUGGGUCAGAUCGGCCAUUUUGGAAUUCGAUGACGGUUUAUGGCAGUGCCAAGUUACUGCAAGUGAUUUUACAACGCAAGACGCACUAGCAUCGGAACAAGCUAGGCUGGUCGUCAGGGUCAGCCCUCAGCGACCGCAGAUAGAGUACGACAACCAUCCUAUUUUACCUGGCAGCAACGUGACAGCCCGAGCAGGUGAGAUCGCUACGCUCACUUGCAGAGCGCGGUAUGGGAAUCCUCCGCCUCUAAUUAAAUGGUACGUCGGCGAAACGGAGAUCAGGACGCUUAGGCCUCAGGUAAACUCGACUGAACUAGAUAAUCCUCGUACUUGGGAGACCUACAGUGUUUGCGAGAUUUUGGCGGAGAGGUCACGUUACGGUGCGGCCAUCCGAUGUGUCGCCAUUCAUCCUGCUUAUGCCAAUCCCACGAUGUCAUCAAACACCGAAGUGAGGUUCGAUGUCAAAUAUGCACCAGAAACUAGGGUUGUUGGUGUACCACAUGGCCAAUUGGAAGAAGGACGAGAUAAAUUGGAAAUAAGGUGUUUGGCUGACGCUAAUCCACCAGCAUCGAUCAUUUGGAGGCGUACGAAGACACUAGGUGUCACUGAUAUCGCAAGCAUCGGGGAAACCCUAAUGUUUUCACCGGUUUAUAGAAACCAUGCGGCUGAAUACAUCUGCGAGGCAACCAACACCGAGGGUGAAAGUAGUCCGGUUAUGGUUCAAGUUUCCGUAAAUUAUCCACCAACUAUCAUCUCGGUCGGACCUGAAUUGUUGACUACGGCACUGCUUUACUCCGGUGCGUCGUUCGAGUGUCACGCCGACUCAAUGCCACCGGCUGAUUAUAGAUGGGCUCAAAUCUUUCCUGACAAUCGAAUACCAGUGGAAUGUGGAACAGGUCAAAGAUUGAUCCUGACGAACGUGACUUACGAGCAACAAGGCCAGUACAUAUGUCUAGCAUCGAACAAGAUCAAUGGACAAGUCAGGGAGGUUAAAAGCGACCCCGUGUUUUUGCAAGUGGUCGGCGCACCAAGGGUGGUGAAGCCAACGAUGACGGAAAAAUUGAUCGUAGCAGCUACGGAAGGUAGUUCAGCAAGAUUAGAAAUCAGACUCUGUUCAAAUCCAAAACCACGUCUUGUUGUAUGGGAAUGGGGCAGCAUCAAACUUUACGCAGGUGAUGUUUUAGAAUCUCGUUAUCGUGCACUGGAUUUAGAACCUUUGGCAUCAGCAGACUGUUACGUAGCAAUUUUGGAACUUACCAGUACUGUAAAAGAGGAUCAAAGAAUAUAUACUGUUGUCGUAGAGAAUGAUCGUGGAAGCGACCGCAGAAGUUUAAUGUUAAGGGUCGACGAACCAAGCCAGUACUAAAGCAUCCAACACGCUAAUAGAGGAUCCACGUUUGACCGUUGAUACAAUGGAACGUAACAGUGGUCAACAAUUUGUUCCUGAGAAACGAACAAAUCACGUUUUAAAGCCUGUACCUUCGCAACAAUAUCCGCAAGAGUGUUACCAACAGGAUCCGCAACAUCCACAACAACAUUAUGAGAGGCACCGUCAUCAUAUUCAACCACACGGACCACAAUAUUUACAGGGGGAGCAGCUGUUUCUCAAACCAGAUCGUUUAGCGACGUUGAAGCAUCCUAGCAAGAUCGACAAGCCACCGCAGUAUACCACAUUCAAGCCGGGUAACUGAAGAACAUAAAUGCGCCCGUCCCCCUUCUUCUCAUUUUCUUGUUCUUUUUUCUUGUAUUUAUUUAUUUAUUUAUAAGAAUAAG